AUGGCUUCCGAGGGGAGGUUGAUUCUGGGGAGGACUAGAUCAAAGCCCAGGGUCCUGCGAGGGCCUCGCUCCAGGCUGCUAGGUUGUGAGGCGGGGUGUAGUGCGGAUAAUGCAGCCAUCGGGUCGCACCCAGGGGGCAGCAUCCCCGGGCACCAGGCCCUCAUGGCAGCCACGCCUCAGCCCGGCUGGCAAGCGUCUCUGCGAGGCCUGCGGGCGGAGACGCGCCAUUCUCUGCUGAAGAUGUGGGCCCACAAGUGCUUUGGGCUGCUCUUGCUUGCCGUCUGGAUGCUGCUUUUGCUGUGCUACUACCUGAACACCGGGUUCUCGAAUUCUGUGUCUCCAAGUGAACAUAUUCUGUGGAGCGGUGAAGAUGCUAAUGGACGGUCUCUGGAAAAAACUUCCAUUUGGGAAGCUCUGUUAAAUUUUUUCUUUCCAACAACGUGCAUUCCAAAGGUGAAUCAGGUAGUGAAGGCUUGCAAUGAGCUGCAAGAUUAUAACAGGAGUGAAUGUUUGGGAUACAAAUGCUGUUACACAUCCUUCAGGACCAGUAACUUCAGCUGUUUUGCCCCAUUAAAAGACAAGCCUACACAGAUGUUCCGGAUGUUUGGGCUUGGUGUGAUCAGCAUGAUCAUCCUGGGAUGUCUGCCCAUUUAUUGCUGCGCUCUUUGCCGGAGGAGCAAAUGGGCCAAUCCUUUACGAAGGAGAGUCAACAGAAUUUUAAAGGGUUUGAAGAAACAAAGAAAGAAAAUAAAGAGGGAUGCUGAAAUGUUACGGACAACGGCAGAAGAGGAGGAAGGUUUAGGUGAUGAAAAAGAGCAGGAGACCAAAGGAUAUGAGCUUCUGAAACAGUAUUAUCACUGGGGAGAUUUGGGUUCUAGGAAGGUGGACAAGAAAGGUGCCAAGUUGUUUGGGUACCACACUGUUUGGUAUCCAUAG